AUGCAACAAUAUAAAAAGAGUCAAUAUAAAUUGAUUUUAGUAUUGGUUGGAUUACCAGCAAGAGGGAAAACACACAUUUCUUAUAAAUUAAAUAGAUAUUUGAAUUGGAUUGGAUAUAAAAGUGAAAUCUUCUCUAUAAAAGGAGCAUAAUAAAACAAUACUUAAUUAGAUCAAAAUAUAGAUUAUGAAUUAGAAAUAGAUCCAACUAAUUAGUAAGUAAGAUUUAUCUUAAUAUUUAGUUUGCAGAAGUUAGAUAGUAACUAUCUUUUACAGCUGCUCAAGAAUUAGUGUCAUUUUUAUAAAGUGAUGGAGAUAUUGCAUUAUAUAAUGGUUUAACAAGUACAAAGUUAGAUAGAUAAAAGUUAAAAUCUUUAUUUAAAGAGAAACUAAAAUUAGAAUAUUAAGUAUUUUGGAUAGAAUCAAUUUGUGAUGAUCCUUAAGUAAUUCUUAAUAAUAUUAAUGAAUCUAAAUUAAGUAGAUUUAAAGAUUAAGCAAUUGAACAAUUUAUGAAUUACAUAAAUGUAUUAGCAUAAAAUUACGAAAGUCUUGAAAAUAUAGAAAAUCUAUCAUACAUCAAACUAAUUAAUAUUGGUAAAUUAGUGAAAGUACAUAUGUUGGAGGGUUAUUUGUGUUCUAAAAUAGUAUCAUUUCUUUUGAAUUUACAUGCAAACAAUAGAUAAAUAUAUUUAGUAAGAUCAUGUUAAACUGAAUAUCAUUUACUUGAUAAAAUAGGAGGAGAUCCAGAAUUAUCUGUAACAGGAAAAUAAAAUAGUCAAUAAUUAGGUGAUUAUUUUAUUGAAGAAUUAAAAGGAAAUAAAAAUGUAAUUAGAUCUUAAAAUAUCUUUAGAUUACAUUUUUUACAUCUUAAAUGAAAAGAGGUAUUUAAACAGCUGAAAUAGUAGGAGAUAAACUAGGAAUAAAAGCAUUAAAAACAAAAAAUUUAGAUGAAAUUGAUUAUGGAAUAUGUGAUGGAUUAACAGUAAAAGAAAUAGCAGCAAAAUAUCCAAAAUAGAUUAAAGAAAGGAAAGCUAAUCCACUUGAAUUUAAAUAUCCUCGUGGUGAAUCAUUUUUAGAUGUAAUACAUAGAGUAGAACCUAUAAUUUAUGAAAUAGAAAGAUCAAGAGAACCUGUUUUAAUUAUAGCACAUGUUGCUGUUUUAAAGUAUUUUAAAUUAUAUUAAUCUAAUUAGAUGUUUAUAUGCAUAUUAUCAUUGUAAUUAAAUAAAUGAAAUACCAAAUAUUGAUAUACCUAUCAAUUGUGUUAUUAAGUUAGUACCCAUACCCUACCAUUGUCUUGAAAGUAGAGUAAUUAUUAAAUGA